AUGGGGAAGCGUUCUCCGACGUUGUUAAUAAAGAUUCCUGAGAAUAAGUUUUUUCUAAAUCAUAUGUCAAAGAAAUCCAAUAUUGGACUAUUGCUUGGUAAUUCACCACUUGAUUCCCCUGUAUCUGAAGAAGCAUUUGAAAAAGAGCUGGAUCGCUCAAGGAACGAGUUCAAUCAAUUUAACAAGGAUCUGGAUGAGUUAGCUCAUUCCAUGAAAAAAUUGUUUGAGGAUGCUCCUGAACUGCUUGCAAGCAUAGAGGAGAUCAAGAGAAAACAAGGCAAGUCAAAAUUAUUUAUAGAUUAUAUGAUAGGCACUGGCGAGAAUAAUGUUGAAGAAUGUAUAAUGGCGACACAAGAAAAGAUUAUAGAGAAUGAACAUCGUUUAGGAAAAUUGCAGUCACUUCAAAAAGAAGUGCACGAGGAAAUCAAUAAUGAUCUGAAAAAGAUUCAAGAACAAAUUUAUGAAGCAAGUAACUUUUCUACUUACAUCCAAACAAGAACAACCGAACAAUUAGACUAUAUGUUACAAGCUAUACAUGAGUAUGCUCGACUAAUAGAGGAGGCCAGCCUUACGAUCAAACAUUUUGGCGAUGUUGGAUCACCCAUUAAAUACGAAUCACUGGAUUUAUCACCGUUUCGACAACACGAGGGCAGUAUUUCCUAUUUCGAUGACCACAUUUACCACUCCGCGCGUGCAAUCACGCCAGAUGAAAGUUCACCUUCAACAGAAUCCCAAGAGUCACCAAGCGUCUCUACUUCAACAACCCAUUCAGCCGCAACCACUCCCACGAACAAUUGA